UUCAUGUUCUCAGGCUGCUGGCAUUUGAAGACAGAUUACUUUACAGAAACAGAAGAUAUUUCCUGCUCUAAUCAUGGAGGCAGCAAAUCUUUUAUGUGAUUCACUCUUCCGCUGGAUAGAGAACCGAAAGGAAUGUGCAGAUAAGCUGUUGGAACUGGCGCAAGAGCUUGGCGCUUUAUUUGCCAAGCUCUGAGCCUCGUUCGUUCCCCUGUGAUCACAAGUAGCCUGAAGGUAUCUGCCGAAGAAAUGGUGGAGAACAUUGGACGCAUUGGCAUUAAAGCAGGAUCAAGGGUUCUGGGUGCGAUUGGUUUAGGCAUGUGUCUGUAUGACCUGAUUGUGAAGAGUGAAGAAUUAGUAAAGGGCAAUCGAGUCACGGAGGCCAGCAAGUUCCUACGGGAUUCAGCCAGGGAAAUACUGGAAGGCCGACAAAAGCUAAAGGAACAGCUGGAUGCAAUGCACGAAAUCAUCCAAAAAUUGUUCCAACUGAAGAACCUCAUCAAGAACUUGGGGGGAUAUUCUCUCAGCAUGAAUCAAAAUGAACGGACCAUAAUGGAUUAUAUCAUGGGAACAUGUACAGACAGCACAGUUGUCUCCUGGCUUCAGAGAGAAAUUAAUCAGAUUCAAUUUGUGAAUCUAAUACGAUUUUUUAUGGAGAGGUUGGGACCCUAUCUUCCGAAAUCAAGAGAGGAUGGUGCAAGUCACACACACAUUGUGUUUGUAGGUCAUGGCACACUUGCCGACCAGUUUAUGCCAGCAGGUGGCCUGGUGCCUUUACCCAGCAUCACAGACACCAUUCUUUACUCUCCGUGGAACUGCAGCAUUGAUGCCUGUGCUGCAUCUGCAAUUGCUCAUGGGUUAAUUCAAGUGACAAACAGGACGUUUUACAAUACGACUGACAAUAUGGAUUAUUGUGAGCCGGACCCUUUGCCAGAUCCCAGUGAUCCUUCUAUCCCCUGUGACCCCUGAAGAAAGUGCAUGGACUCUUUUCCAGGAUCUUGGGAUGAAUAGAAUGGAAAUAGAUGGCCGUGUUAUUAUUCCAUGUGUUGUCCCACGAGAUCAGGUAAAUGCAUUUGGAAAGAUCCCCCUGUUCAUAUUCAUAUUUGCAGCAUCAGUUAUACUAAUGAUCCAUGGGAAAACAGCUACUGUGCACCUGGCUGCUUGUUUGGACCGUGCAGAAAGUCCACAAAGGCGAGAAGAGUGGCGAAGACAGUAUGCCUACACAAGUGAUGGAACUGUUAUGACUGUGAACAUGGAUAAUAGGAACUUGAAUGUGAACUUAUUCAGAGCCUUUAGAUUAUUGUUUGACAGAAACCAUAGAUAAAUCAUCUGGGCAACAUCUAUAUGAGCGACCCAGAGUGAGGCAAUUUAGACCAGCCCAAUUUUUCAUGUUGGAAGAAGUUAGAUAAAAUAAGUGACAGUUUAGGUCUCUCUAUCCCAUCAUAUUUACUACCGACAUGUUUCAAAUGCAACAUAAAUGAAAAUAAAUGAAAUGUUUUUACCCAACUGUCUUUUCUAUAUUUCAAUGCAAAAAUAAAACAAAUGUUUUCAGACACCUACUUCUGAAGAAUGGAGGAAAAUAGCACAUGAAUUUGAUGUGAAGUGGCAAUUUCCUGAUUGCAUUGGAGCAAUUGAUGGACAAACGUCUUCA